AUGACGAAGGAGCUAAAGAAGAUAGAUGAAUCUGUUGACAUACUCGAGGAUGCAAUAGCGGCGGAAGCAGAAGUAAAUAAGCCAUCCAAUGAUGUCGGAAGCUCAAAUUGGACAACAAUGCAACCAUAUGAGUUGUGGGAGCAGGCUAAAGUUAUCGGUGCCGGUACGUACGGCUGA